UUCCCCCGCGAGUUUUUAAACUGAGGCUCUGACGCCGCCCAGUUCUUGGUAGAGCCCCGCCCAUCGGCCUGGGAGUCCCCCGGCGUCACGCUCCAGCGAGUUUAGCUCCGAACCGAGCAGUCUGACUUUGGAGGGUUAACCGCCCCCCCCCAAUCCUCUGUUCUGAAGGAUCUCAAUGGGUCCUGUCUCCGAGACACUGGGGGACUUUGGACGUCUGGAAUUCUGAGUCUGUACGCAAGGUGAUACCUUCCCUUGUGCCUGAGAUGGGCAGAGCAGUAUUACUGCGCCCUGGUAGAGCAGGGUCUCUAAGUCUGGAUCCCAUGUCUUGGAAAGGUCCCUAGACAUGGUAAUAUACACGUUUUCAAACCUCUUUCCCACAUGGCCUUUCCUUUCUCAGAUGUUAAGCUUCAUUUAUUCAUCAGCGGCCACUGCUCACACUUCCCCAGGAAUCUCGGAUCCACCUGGUGGGGGUCUUCCCCUCUCCCAGGGGCAGAAGCACAGCUUCAGGGAGGCAGACAGCAUCUCUGCUGCAUAGGCUGGUCUGGCUCCACCCUGCAGGUUCCUGCUCCGGAUGUGGGCCCCUGCAGCUCCUGCAGAAGAUGGCAUCAUCUACAUCAACAUGCCCAGCCGGGGCUGACCGCCCUGAUUUCAGCCUCUCAUUCUUCUCAUCCAGGACCAUGUGUGGUGGUUUGGGAGUGCAGCCCUUUUGGAUUCGAAUAAAGCAAUUAAAAUA